UAUUACAAAUAAAUAAACAAAUAUGCUAAACUCGUAAAUAUAUUUAUAAAUGUAUGAUAAACGUCACAGUAUGUCCUUAUUCUAGUGCUAUUCUAUUCUAGGUAAAACAUUACUGUGUGCUUCAAUAAAUAUGUCUUCCUCCUUCAAUACAUGUCCACCUUGUAUAUUAUAACCUCUUCCCUGCAUCAGAAUUGGUGCUAAAUAAAAAGCAACAAAGUGGAAAACAUCUUUCUUUAUCACAUUAAAAAUACAUUUCUCAUUAUCUUUUAUUCAUUUGAUUGUCGUAUAAUUUCGUCAGUAUUGUUUUGAUAAGUGAUUACCCUUAUCUAACUGAACUAUCGGUUCACUGAAACAUUUUCGUGCUCCAGUAUAAAAUUAGUUAUGUAUUUUCUUAGACAAAUUAUAUUUAAAAGGUCUGGAGAGGUUAUAUUUACAAAUCAGUCGGCAAGAUGGAAGCAUACAAUACGACAAAUAGACAAACUCUUAAUAGCCAACCGUGGGGAAAUAGCUUGCAGGGUCAUGAAAACGGCUAAGAAACUGGGAAUUAGAACUGUAGCAGUAUAUAGUGAGGCCGAUAAAGACUCCUUACACGUUGCCUUGGCUAAUGAGGCUUAUCAAAUAGGCCCAGCCCCAGCAGCCCAAAGCUACCUACGUGGAGACAAAUUACUGGAUAUCGCCAAAAAAUCAGGAUGCCAAGCAGUGCAUCCGGGCUAUGGAUUUUUGUCGGAAAACGUCGAAUUUGCCGAACUCUGUCAGAAAGAGGAUGUUAUAUUUAUUGGACCGCCUGCGAGUGCCAUAAGAGAUAUGGGAAUUAAAAGUACUUCCAAGCAUAUAAUGUCAAAGGCUGGAGUACCAAUAAUCGAAGGUUAUCACGGUGAAGAUCAAUCGAACGAAACGUUACAAAAACACGCCGAAAGAAUCGGUUUUCCUAUAAUGAUAAAAGCCGUCAGAGGGGGCGGAGGCAAAGGUAUGAGAAUAGCCCGAUCAAAAGAAGAAUUCCUCGAAGCAUUAGAAUCGGCCCGAUCAGAAUCUCAAAAAUCCUUCGGCGAUUCCGUGGUACUUCUCGAGAAGUUCGUGGAGGAACCGCGUCACGUCGAGGUGCAAGUGUUCGCCGAUAAGCAUGGAAACGCCGUGUAUUUGUACGAGAGGGAUUGUUCUGUACAAAGGAGACACCAGAAGAUUAUCGAAGAAGCUCCCGCUCCAGGUCUGUCGUGGGAUCUUAGAAAGCAAUUGGGUACGGCGGCCGUAAAAGCGGCCAAAGCUGUAGGUUACGUUGGUGCCGGCACCGUCGAGUUUAUAUUCGAUAGGAAAACGUCGGAUUUCCACUUUAUGGAAAUGAACACGAGGCUACAAGUGGAACAUCCAAUAACUGAAAUGAUCACUGGCACUGAUUUAGUGGAAUGGCAAAUAAAGAUAGCGGCAGGUGAAGAAAUCCCUUUAAAACAAGCCGAUAUACCUUUGAAAGGGCAUUCGCUCGAAGCAAGAAUUUACGCAGAGGAUCCUAGGGGUGGAUUCUUACCGGGCGCGGGACCCUUGCAAUAUUUGGCGACGCCUACGCCUGAUGAUGAUGUUAGAGUCGAAACAGGCGUUAGGCAAGGUGACAACGUUUCGGUACAUUAUGAUCCAAUGAUCGCUAAAUUGGCGGUUUGGGGUCAGGACAGGUCGGAAGCGCUUACGAAAUUAAGGUCUAAACUGCUCGAAUAUCACAUUGCCGGUUUAGAAACAAACGUAAAUUUCCUCCUAAACCUCUCCGGCCAUCCAGAAUUCAAAUCCGGGAACGUACAUACGAACUUCAUAAGAGACCACCACGAUUCACUGUUCAGGGACGAAACUCCUUGCGACAAUAAUAUAAUCCAGGCAUCGAUGGCUUUAAUUCUAUGGGAACAAAGUCUGGAAGGCGCACGGGUCAUUGACAGAUAUAAUCCAUUUAUAGUGGAAAAUAACUUUAGGAUCAACCAUUUGAACGUUAGGGAGGUGAAGCUACUGUUAGGGGAAACCGAAUUUUGUACGAAAGUGAAGUUUACAAAUCCAAAGCGGGAUGUUUAUGAAGUAACUUGCGACAAUGGAAAAACAUGGAGGAGCGUCAAUGCGAGACUGAAGAGCAUCGACAAUUUAAAUUUGCUCACCUGUCGUAUCAAUGAUCAUAGCACAACCCUUAACGUAUUUAAAACUGGAAGCAAUUUAGUGUUGUUCGGAGAUGGCGGUAAGCAACAAUUCUCCAUUCCCUCGCCCUCCUACACUCUGGCAGAAGAUUCCGAAUCUCUUGGUGGGAGUAAUAAAGCGGUAGCACCGAUGCCCGGAGUAUUAGAAAAGGUUUUGGUCAAUAUCGGGGAUGAAGUGAAAAGGGGAGAUUCUCUGUUCGUGUUGAUCGCCAUGAAGAUGGAGCACGUGGUCAAGGCGGCCAAAGAUGCCAAAAUUGUCGGAAUUCACUUUAAGGCCGGCGAGAGUGUUAUGAAAGAUGUCGCUAUUGUCGAGUUUGAGAGUAAAUAGUUUCGUUUAAGUA